CUGUAACUCCACAUCGCACACAUUGAAGGCAGUCUCAGUCUGAAGAGGAGCUCCCACCAAGCAUGCUGCUUAAGAGGGUAUGCUUUGAAGUUGAAGAAAUUCCAGGAGUUUCCUGUAACAAUGUUGGAGUAUAAUGUGAACCAGGAGCCGUGGAGUAUUCCUCCUUAUCCCCAGUCAAGCCAAUCUGCUUGGGAGAGACAUCAUCACUUCAGCUGUCUGCUGCGUCUGCUUCAAGGCAUUUUCCCUGUGGAUUAUAAAGUGACCACCACCCCACCGAGGAUGUCUAGGUUGCUCUGUGCUCUGCUUGUCCUUAUGUCUCUGUGGAGUCACAGCCUAGAGGUGUCUGCCGCACGGCCAGGGAAGGGAAGACAUAAGACCAGACCCCAGUAUGAAGAACCUGCUGGUCUCCUGGCUCCGGAGGAUGAUCAUGGCGGAGCGGGAGACCAGCACAGUCCUGCAACAAGCCUUGACCCAGAACAGGAAUUCCUGGCUGAUUUUGCAGGUAAGAAACGUUUGUGGGUAAUCACGGCCCCGUCACACAGCGACAACUACCUCCGCAUGAUGGAGAAACAGAUCCAGGACAUGGAGCAGGAGGGGCUGAACUGCCGCCUGGCUGAGAGGGACACCUUCAUCGUCACCAUCAUCCAGAACGCCAUGAUGGAAGGCAGGAUCCAGAAGACCACCUUCCAAGGAGAGGCCACAAUGGAGAGCAUCGACUCAGACAUGGUCACCAAGCUGCUGCAUUACCUCGAGCUGGGGGAUCAAGGCUUCUCCAUGCUAGUCAUGAAGAAGAACCUGAGAGUGAGUGAGCGGUUCCCCUACCCUGUCCGUGUGGAGGCCAUCCUGGAGGUCAUUGAUCAGUUCCCUUUGCGCAAGCUGGAAAAACUCACCAGGAAGGGCUCCCCUCUGAAAUGUAAAAUCACCAAGAAGAGGCUGAUGAAGAAAAAGAUUCCUGUGAAAAAUAAGGUGUUCAGUCCCCAUAUGCAGGGAAACGUUACCUCUGUCACCCAGAGGAAGACCGUGGCCAAGAAGGCUGCACUAAAGAACAAAAUUCAGGACAUUCUCAGCGGUCGCUCCAGGUUCGUCAUUCGAAAGACGACCACUGAUUCAGAAGGAACACAAGUAUUCAUCGCAGGGAAGGCAAACUCCAAAGCUGCAGGAAAGGACAACCAAAAGAAGAAUGGAAAUGUUUUUACAGAAAUAAACACAUAUCCUUCUACUGUGGAGAUAAGAGAAAAACACACUGUAGCCAACUCUAGUGUUAAUAAACCAGAGAACGUUGGCGGGGGAGAAGAAUCCUUAGAGAAAAACAAAUCCCCCAAAAAAGGCAAGGGAAAGAAAGAUGGUAAGAAGGGGAAAGGGAGAGGGAGAGGGAAGAAAUCCCACAGAGAAGUGAAUGAGAACGAUAAGAAAGCACUGAUGGACUUUGUAGAGCAUUUGAAGGGGAAGAGAAGACUUAUGGUAAGUGCUUUUAUAGGUAACUUUUAAGUGUAUCAAUCAAUCUGUUUGUUUGUUUGUGAUAGAUGUGUUCGUUCAUUUGUGAUCCAGGUGAUAGCCACGCCCACUGUCAGCACACCUCAGUAUGUCCAGCAGAGGGAGGAGAACGAGCUUCAUUUCUGUGACCUCGCCCUAAGAAAAGUUACUAUGGCAACCAUCCUGAGCUCAGGGCCCAAUACCACCCUCACCCUCACCCUGCACAACUACCAACUUGGUACUACUAUGUGUGUGUCUGUGUCUACUGACUCCAUCUCCCUUAGAUAGAUCCUACAUUGAUCCUAAAUAAUUUUAUCUUCAGGAUUAUAGUGUCAUUAUAGUAUUAAAGAGAUUAUCCGGUACUGUUGUAUACUUUUUAGCCAGUAGUUCUGAAAGUAGCCCUCACGAGCCAAAAAUGAUCCUAGAAAAUUACGUAAUACAUCACAUAUGUGCAGAUAUGUGCACCACAUCAUUGCUCUCUCUCUCUCUCGCUCUACUGUGUGUGCAUUUUGCUAGCUGUCACCCAAAUGGCGAGGGGCUGAAGCUCAUUGCCUAGAACUUGAAUUGCUAGGGGGCUGGCCCACAUGGGGGAAAAUGUAGGGAAAAUGGUGUAGCACAGCUUCCAGAUAAACAGUCGCUUUCAAACUAGGGAUUUUGUAGCUAAUUGAGGUAGGACAGCAAUAGUGUUCAUAGAUUAUGCAUGUAUGAACUACACAUUGACACAUCCAGCCAAAAGUGGGAGGUUAAAAAAAUACAUGAUAGUCACCAAAGUUGCGGAUCAUGUCUUUAACAAAAAAUCUGGUUCCUCUUUGGGCUUUCAUACAGUAAAACUCUGUAUUUCUAUAUUUAUUCCAGAUUCUGAGCCGCCAUUCACCUCACUACCAGAGAAGUUCACUGACCCAGAUCUCAUCUCUCAACUGAUGAAGCAGUAUGGGAUGUCCUCCAAGGUUUUCUCCAUGACUAUGACUGACUAUGACCUGAAGCCCAAUGUAAGCAGAUCACUUUCCUCAGAAAAGUGUAUUAAUUAUCUUGUACUUAAUGUGUCAAUUAUACAUGCAGUAUAUGGUAUUUGUCUCCUAAUUGUUUAUAUCCCUUUUAGAAGGUAUUUGAUGUACCUCCACCCUCAUCUGCGCUGAUGGAAUAUGUUGACACCUUUCCAUCGCGACGAUCUGAAAUGGGGAGAGAGAGAAAAACUCCACUGGCCUGCUCCAAAUCCCAAGAACAGGGCGGGGCACUGCUGAGGUAUGUGAUUAAGUCUACACAGUAUCUGUAAUGAUGCCAUAGUACUUAAAUACUGUAAAGCUGCUAUAAAGCAUUAUAAUGCCUGCCAGCAGGUAGCCUAGCGGUUAAGAGCGUUGGGCCAGUAACCGAAAGGUCACUGGUUUGAAUCCCUGAGCCGACUAGGUGAAAAAUGUGCCCUAGAGCAAGGCACUUAACCCUAAUUGCUCUGGAUUCAGUUGUCUGCUAAAAUGUAAAUAAUGUGGUUAUAGUGCUUUACAAUGCAGGGUACAGAUAAUAAUAGAGCCAGUUAUCUCCACCAGGUUCAUGUCUAAAAGGAGACUGCUGAUCAUCUCUACUCCAUCUGAGGACGACUACUCCUUCCAACAACAGCUCCUGGGGCUGAGAGGACAGGCCUGUCAUAUGGGUCAGUAUUAGGCCCCCUGUUAAACAUCUCCAACAUUAUGAAUUAUUGUGGGUUAACCUCAGCAACAUUAUGCUAUUAUCACAAUAGUUCUCACUCAUGAGUAAUGGAAGAAUAAUGACUAAAUACUUCAAUUCCAUUGUUUGUCUUUCCAACAGGCAUCCGUCAUUUUGCCUUGUUGAAGUUGAUCGGAACAGGACCAACAGUCUCAGGCUCUGUGGAACUGUUUCCACUCAAUGGUGAGUUUGUUUGUUUUCUCUAAGAUAAUACUGUGUACUGACAUAAUGUCAACAGAUAAUGUCAACAUGUCACACAUUCUGUGUUGAUGGGCAGGAAAUGGAAUCCAACUCUCUUUGAAUGAUCUAACCAUUCCUAUACACAGACCUUCGCCAAGAGAUAUGCUACAGAAAAAUAAUCUGUCUAUUUCCUUCUGUCAUGUCCCACACUGAUUCGAUUCCUACUCUGACACAUUAUCACUCUAAUAUAUCUACUCUGGGUUGUUAAUUUGACCUGUUCUGUCGUUUCUUGAUUUCUUGUUUGGAUGUUUUAUUAUGUGUGUAUUUGUAUUGUAUUUGAUAGACAUUCUACAUCACUGUUGGAGCUAGUACAAUAAGCAUUUAGCUGCACCUGCUAUAACACCUUCAAAUCUUUGUACGUGACCAAUCAACUUUGAGUUGAUUUAUUAACAGUCAAAUGGUGAUGGAAAUAAUGGGGAAAUAGCAUGACAAACACCUUUCCUUUAUCCUUGACAGGAAAGAGCCAAACAGAGAACGAGCCUUUGUCACGGGACGUGGUCAAUGGUCUCCAGGACCAGCUGAAGAUCAACCGGGAGUACUUCAGUAUGCUGGUGGUUGGGAAGGACGGGGACGUGAAAGCCUGGUUCCCCUCGCCCAUGUGGUCUCUGGCCAAUAUCUAUGACCUGGUGGACUCCAUGGAGCUGCGGCAGCAAGAAGAGAAGCUGCAGAGGACUUUAGGUCUUCACUGCCCUGAGGACACUGGCAGUAGUUACCAAGGUUAUGAUGAGGAAGCAGAUGAGAGCUACCUUUACCACAGGUCAGAGGAGUAAAAGAGAGAAAACAGCCAAAAGGCCUCAAAGACCCCAUGGCAGCCAGCUCAAAUUAAUGUUAAAUGGUUGUGGGGAAAAGUUUGACAUAAUAACAGGUAGAAGCUUAACCAUUAAAGGCUUUUUAUUUGAAAUGUCUUCGCAAACUAGAUCCAUUUAUCAGAGGCGUAGCAUUUGUACUUUGAAAUGGCCAACAUUACAUAAAAUGAUCUACAAUUGAAGGGUUUCAUUCCAAAACGCUGUAUAUCCAUUUUCAUAAAUGUUGGCAAAUUAGCUUUUAUUGUUUAAAGAACUUAUGAAAGAGAUUGGUGUGUGUUUUCAAUAUCAUGGGGUUGUUCAAUGACAGACA